AUGGUUACGUCUCAGUUGUUAGAAGGUGGUUGUGAAGACUAUGUUCACCAGUGUAACGAACAUCAAAUGUGUUCUAUUGAUGCUGUAACAGGGGAGCCGUACUGUGAAAUUUCAGAUUGUGGGGGUAGACCAUCUGUUGAACAGGGAUAUAUUAUGCACUACGUGAACAGUGCCGUUGAUAGUACUGCAAAGCUAGCCUGUAGUGAAUUUUACGAAACUGAGUACGGUCACGCUGUAUGUACGGAGAAGGGAGAAUGGAACAUAUCCAUUGCCUGUAAAGCGCCCCGAGACUGUCAGAGACUGAAAUACCUUUUCCGUGAUGCUAAAUCUGGAGUUUACGAUAUAGCUCCUGUGGAGACCUAUGUCAUACAAGCAUAUUGCGAAAUGGACGUUCAUUUACCCGGAAUCCCUCGCGGAUGGACGGUGAUACAAAGACGUAUGGAUGGAAGUGUGUCCUUUAAUCGCACAUGGGAUCUAUAUGAAAGAGGCUUUGGAAUUCCCUCUGGAGAACACUGGCUAGGGAAUAGUGUCAUCCACAAUCUUCUAAGAAAUAGAGGAUCCUUUCUUCUUGUGAUGGUGAAGUUUCAAUAUGAGGAAUGGAAAUUUGCACUAUACACUCAGUUUAUGGUUGAUGGUUCUGACCUUCAGUAUAAAUUGUCCUUUGGUCAGUGCUUUGGAAAUGCAAGUAAUGCCUUGGGAAAUCAAGCAGGGAGUGGUCGUUAUUUCGCCAAUCAGACGAAAUUUUCUACAAUAGACCAGGACAAUGACAAACUGACGGGCACUAACUGCGCCAAACAACAGGGCGGUGGGUGGUGGCACAACGCAUGCUCGCUCUCAAACCUCAACGGAAUUUUCUGCUCAACAAUUUUAAGUUAUAAAUGGCUUUGCAUGACUUGGGAACAUGAAGAUUACUUCGUCUACGGAGAAAUGGAGUCGAUUAUGAUGGUCCAGCGAUAUAACCUGCAAACUUUGUUGUCCCCCGCUUGA